UUAAAUUUAGAUAAACCUCUUUUGAUAUUGAAUUGAAUCCUAUAUUCCCCAAAGGAAAUAACAAAGUUCAUUACUUUUUGUCACACGAUGUAUUAAUAUUCAUGUUUUGUUGUUGUUGUUGUUAACAAACACAGAUCAUUGAAUUGUUGAACAGGGCCAAAAAGAACACACAUUCUACACACUGAGUCGAGUUUUGGGGACAAGGAUAGGAAAGGACCAAUUGCCCUUCUAAAUCACCUAUUAUGAGUUACCUAAUUGCUUUAAUAUUUUUGGUUCAAUUCUAUUUUCAACAUGUAAAGAAAGUACACCAGAUUUAAUUGUGAAUUCAAAUUUUAAAUUACACAAUAGAGCCUGAAUUUAUUCACAACUAUGCUUACAUGUAUUGAAUACAUUGUACCCAUAAUCUUUCAAAAAAUUACUAAGCAGUCAAUUUUACAUGUGUCCUAGAUUUUUAAAUAAAAAACACAGGAAAGAUACCAGGGCAUUACACUUACAAACCACACAUAUUGAAAAUCUGUUGCAGAGACUUUCUUCUUUAGCACAUUAUAAUACAUCUCAUCUGAAUUCAAAUGCACCUUUAAAUUUGAAAACUUAUACUCAAUGUGGGGGUAAAUUAAUAUUUUACAGAAAAGCCAUUUUAACAUGAAAGCAGGCGGACUGAUAGUGAGGUUUAAAACUGUUUGGAAUGUUUGAAACUAUGACCAGUGCCUUUGUGGAUGAAUUCCCCAGAUUCUUAAAACAUAAGAAGAUGGUCUUUACAGUUGGGAUGUGCCUGGUUGAGUUUGUGUUGGGUAUUCCAUGUGUAACACAAGGAGGUGUUUACAUUCUUCAAAUCAUGGAUUGGUAUGCUUCUUCAUUCUCCUUAAUGUUAUUAUCUCUAACAGAAUGUGUUGUCAUUGCUUGGAUAUAUGGAGCCGACCGAUUUUACAAAGAUAUUGAACUUAUGAUUGGUUAUCAACCUGGACCUUGGUGGAAGAUUUGCUGGAAAUACAUCACCCCAACACUUAUUAUUGCUAUAUGGAUAUUCAGUGUUUUUUCUAUGAAACCUGUAUCAUAUGGUGACUACCAGUAUCCUUCUUGGGCUAUAUCAAUUGGCUGGGCUUUAAGUGUGAUAUCUAUUCUACCAUUACCUAUUGUAGCUAUUUAUGAGAUAUAUAAAGAAGAGGGACCUCUUUUGCAGAGAAUCAAGAAAUUGAUUCAACCUGCUGAAAAUUGGGGACCAGCUCUUGAUAAACACAGAGAAGAAUAUUUGGCUACCUUAGAACCAUCGAAACGUCCAACAUAUAGAGAAGUUACUGCACCUAUUUAUUUACCUACAACCUUGCCAACAAUCAAAGAAAAAUGUCCCUCUCCAAUUCCAGAACAAGUGACAUUAUUAGGUGUCUGUGAUCAAUUACCCGUUUCAAAAUGCUAAUCCUGUGAUAAAAACUAUUUUAUUUAACAAUACACGAAGGAUGAAAGAUUUUAUGAAUGAAACAAUUGAGUUCAUGCAGAAGCAUAGAUAAUACUGUAUUAUCUAUGGUGGAAGAGCCAUUUGGGAAUUUUCCUAUAUUUGAUUUCAAGAUAAAUCUGUUAUUUUUUAUCAAUAAGACUGAACAUACAGGAAAGGUUUGGUUGUUCCGAGACAAAAUAUGGAAUAUGCUUUCUUCUGAUAAAAUCAGGUUUGAAGAGAAAAUAAAGAACAAAAACAACAGGAAAGGUUUUGAGUAUUCUGACUGAUAGAAUAUGCUUUCUUCUGAUAAAAUCUGGUUUGAAGACAAAUUAAAUAAAAUAUAUACUUGAAUCCAAGUAAAAUGGCAAAAUACAAGGCUUUCAAAUACUGAAUAUUUUAUUAGUGACAUCAUCACAGAAUACUUAUAUUUGAAAAAUAAGAUCUGGAUGAAUUGCAAUAUUGUGUUUAUUCAUUUUGAGCUUAUGGAACUAUUAAAGUAUCCUGCUUGCCAUCCGCUGUGAAAUUAAUACUAAGAAAGGACCAAGUUCUGUGGACAUCUACCAUUUGAAAUUAUAAUAAAAUUUAAGAUCUAAAAAUGCAAUUGUUAUACUAAUUUUUUUAGACCAAAGGAUUAUGUUUUAAUAUUAGACCAAAGGAUUGUUUUAAUUUACAUGACAGUUAAGUCAAAAUUAUGGAAUUAUAAGAUUUGAAACUGAUAAUUUAAGAUCUGAAAGCACUACAAUCCGAUAGUUAUACUAAUUUUUGAGACCAAUGGAUUUUGUUUUAUUAAA